AUGGUCAACGUUGCCGCUUUUUUCGAGCCUCAUCUCAAGCUCCGCCUCCAUGUUGCUGAAACAGUCCUGAUCAUCAUCGCCCUCAUCCUGACGGGCAUCUACAUCUCCAUGAUCUCCUUUCUCACCCGCUCCGAGAUUAUGAUUAUCCCCUUCAGCGUAAAGUCCCUGAUCAUCAUCGGCUACCAGCUCCUCUCCCAGCACACAACCCGUUACCGCAAGUGGGAGAGCCUCAAGGCCAACAUGAUCCUCAACUUUAUCGAGCCCGUCUUCUGGCUUGUCGUCAUCAUCCUCAAGGGCAUGGGCAUGUCGAGGUCUUGCACCGGCGGCAGCUGCGGCGUCAGCGUUGCCGUCAUGCUCGUCGCCCUGGUCAUCUUUGCAUUGACGAUUUUGGUGGCCGGCAUCUCGUACCUCGACCACAAGCAUUUCAAGCGCACGGGUGUGCCAAGGGGCAGCCCCUCGGGCUUUGCACAGGAGCAGCAGCAUCAGCCGUCAGCUCACAACUACGGAUACGGCCAGGGACAGAAGUAA